UUUCACCCACAGGAAAAACUUUAAUAUCCGGUGCUACAACUUCCGAGUGUAGAGAGUCCAGUCUUGCACCAAGAGACACUACAUCUGUGAGGAACCUUUGUCUUUAUUAUACAUAUUCUGUAUUCUCACUGAUUAACUGAGGAUGGAUACGGACAGGAGUCAGAAGACUGAGAUGAUAAUAAAUAUCACCCUGGAGAUCAUCUACCUGCUGACUGGAGAGGGUUACACGGUAGUGAGGAAGACAUCCGGUAAGUUCGAGACACCCAGCAGCUGUCCCCGUGUGUCAGGAAGACUGAGCAGAACCCAGAGCCCCAUCACGGUGCCUCCACCUCACUCACUGAUACAUGAGAGACACAAUAACCAGAAGAUCCUAGAACUCACCAACAAGAUCAUUCAGCUGCUGACUGGAGAGGAGCAAGAGUAUAUAGAGGAACACAGGGGUCUGUACAAGGACGUGAUGAUGGAGAAUCACCGGCCCCUCACAUCACUGGAUGGGCAUAGUAACAGAGAUACCCCAGAGAGAUGUCCCCGUCCUCUGUAUUCCCAGGACUGUACAGAGAAGAGUCACAGGACCCCACAGGAGAAUCAGGGUGAAGAUAGGAGUAAUGUGACUGAUAUGAAGGCAGAAGAUAUAGAGGGAGAAGAAGAGAUGUAUGUGACUGAUAUAAAGGCAGAAGAUAUAGAGGGAGAAGAAGAGACGUAUGUGACUGAUAUGAAGACAGAAGAUAUAGAGGGAGAAGAAGAGAUGUAUGUGACUGAUAUGAAGGCAGAAGAUAUAGAGGGAGAAGAGACGUACGUGACUGAUAUGAAGGCAGAAGAUAUAGAGGGAGAAGAAGAGACGUGUGUGACUGAUAUGAAGGCAGAAGAUAUAGAGGGAGAAGAAGAGACGUAUGUGAAGGAUGAUCUGCAGUGUAAGGAGGAGGAAAUCCCUACAGAUAUCAGCACAGAUGAAUGUAACAGAAGGAAUAUCUCAGAAGAAAAUCUAAUUUCAUCUUCAGGUUGUAAAACAGAAGAUGAUGACAUCACACAAGAUUCUCCUGGAGAAACCCCUACUGCUCUACUCGUACCUCCUGUACCUCAAAAUGUGCUUGUGUCAUGUGGUCCCUCUAAUCAAAGGGAAUGUUCUGAUAACACUGAUAUUGGGUCAUCUUCUACAGCUCUGACAGUAGAUAAAAUAUUUCCCUGUUCUAUAGAUGACAGAUGUUUUACACAGACCGCACAGCUUAUAACCAAUCAUCCAGCUAAGGGAGGUGAGAAACCAUUUCCAUGUUCUGAGUGUGGGAAAUGUUUUACACACAACUCACGUCUUGUUACACAUCAGAGAAGUCACACAGGUGAGAAACCAUUUCCAUGUUCUGAGUGUGGGAAAAGUUUUACCGAUAAAUCAAAUCUUGUUACACAUCAGAGAAGUCACACAGGUGAGAAGCCAUUUCCAUGUUCUGAGUGUGGGAAAAGUUUUACACACAAGUCACAUCUUGUUGCACAUCAGAGAAGUCACACAGGUGAGAAGCCAUUUCCAUGUUCUGAGUGUGGGAAAUGUUUUACACACAACUCACGUCUUGUUAAACAUCAGAGAAGUCACACAGGUGAGAAACCAUUUCCAUGUUCUGAGUGUGGGAAAUGUUUUGCUGAUAAAUCAAAUCUUGUUACACAUCAGAGAAGUCACACAGGUGACAAGCCAUUUCCAUGUUCUGAGUGUGGGAAAUGUUUUACAUGGAAAUCACUUCUAUGUCUACAUGAGAGAAUACAUACAGGUGAGAAGCCAUUUCCAUGUUCACAGUGUGGGAAAUGUUUUACCAAAAAAUCAAAUCUUGUUACACAUCAGAGAAGUCACACAGGUGACAAGCCAUUUCCAUGUUCUGAGUGUGGGAAAUGUUUUACACACAAGUCAUGUCUUGUUAAACAUCAGAGAAGUCACACAGGUGACAAUCCAUUUCCAUGUUCUGAGUGUGGGAAAUGUUUUACACGGAAAUCACUUCUAUGCCUACAUGAGAGAAUACAUAUAGGUGAGAAGCCAUUUCCAUGUUCACAGUGUGGGAAAUGUUUUACCAAUAAAUCAAAUCUUGUUACACAUCAGAGAAGUCACACAGGUGACAAGCCAUUUCCAUGUUCUGAGUGUGGGAAACGUUUUACACACAAGUCACGUCUUGUUAAACAUCAGAGAAGUCACACAGGUGAGAGGCCAUUUCCAUGUUCUGAGUGUGGGAAUUGUUUUAGCGAUAAAUCAUCUGUUGUUAGACAUCAGAAACUUCACACACAUGAGAAUAAACCAUUUCCAUGUUCGGAGUGUGGGAAAUGUUUUACCGAUAAAUCAAAUCUUGUUACACAUCAGAGAAGUCACACAGUUGACAAGCCAUUUCCAUGUUCUGAGUGUGGGAAAUGUUUUACACACAACUCACGUCUUGUAGCACAUCAGAGAAGUCACACAGGUGAGAGGCCAUUUCCAUGUUCUGAGUGUGGGAAAUGUUUUACACACAAAUCAGCUCUUGUUAAACAUCAGAGAAGUCACACUGGUGAGAAGCCAUUUCCAUGUUCUGAGUGUGGGAAAUGUUUUACAUACAACUCACGUCUUGUUAAACAUCAGAGAAGUCACACAGGUGAGAAACCAUUUCCAUGUUCUGAGUGUGGGAAAUGUUUUACCGAUAAAUCAAAUCUUGUUACACAUCAGAGAAGUCACACAGGUGAGAGGCCAUUUCCAUGUUCUGAGUGUGGGAAAUGUUUUACACACAAGUCACAUCUUGUUGCACAUCAGAGAAGUCACACAGGUGAGAAGCCAUUUCCAUGUUCUGAGUGUGGGAAAUGUUUUACAUACAACUCACGUCUUGUUAAACAUCAGAGAAGUCACACAGGUGAGAAACCAUUUCCAUGUUCUGAGUGUGGGAAAUGUUUUACCUAUAAAUCAUAUCUUGUUACACAUCAGAGAAGUCACACAGGUGAUAAACCAUUUCCAUGUUCUGAGUGUGGGAAAAGUUUUACCGAUAAAUCAAAUCUUGUUACACAUCAGAGAAGUCACACAGAUGACAAGCCAUUUCCAUGUUCUGAGUGUGGGAAAAGUUUUACACAGAAGUCACAUCUUGUUGCACAUCAGAGAAGUCACACAGGUGAGAAACCAUUUCCAUGUUCUGAGUGUGGGAAAUGUUUUAGAGAUAAAUCAUCUGUUGUUAGACAUCAGAAACUUCACACACAUGAGAAUGUGUAACAUGACAGUAAUCGAAUCUUGAUAAAACUAUACUUUAUUAACACUAUAUAAAAUUUGUAUAUAUGCAGAUGGAAAGUUAUUUAUCUUACAAAUAAAUCUAAUUUCUCACAUAUUUUUUGUUAAA